CUUCCGCGCAUGCGCAUUAGCUCCGAUCAGGCUGUAUUGUUCAGAGCGUUGUGGAACGUUGAGCUGGCCGGUUGGAACGCGGAGUAACAAUCGAUUAGCUCGCCCGCUUGGAUUGUGUCCCCAGUACAGAGCAGGCUAAUAGGAGCAAGUGCAGCUAACCCGAGCAGAAAGUUUAUGAGUAAGUUGCAGAAGCCAGUGCUAACAGGCCAGCGGUUCAAAACCAGGAAAAGGGAUGAAAAGGAGAAGUUCGAACCAACCGUCUUCAGAGACACAAUCAUUCAAGGUCUCAAUGAGGCUGGGAAUGACCUUGAAGCGGUUUCCAAGUUUCUGGAUGUUACAGGAUCGAGACUAGAUUACCGUCGUUAUGCAGACACACUGUUUGAUAUAUUGAUAGCUGGGAGCAUGCUCGGUAAAUAUGGAUUCAACUUUCGAAAGGUUGUCUUAACUUUUUUUGGUCCUUUUAAAACAGGAAUAUCUGCAUCGUUUGCUGUAAAGGUUUUUAAAGCAUGGAUGGCAGAAAAAGAUGCAAAUGCUGUUACCUCAUCCCUCAAGAAAUCCAACUUGGACAAGAGGCUGUUGGAACUCUUCCCAGCAAACAAACAAAACUUCGAACAUUUUGCAACAUACUUCACAAAUGCAGGUCUUAAAGAACUAUCUGACUUUCUCAGAGUCCAGCAAUCUCUGGGAACUCGCAAAGAGCUGCAAAAAGAACUUAAAGAAAAACUUUCUCAGGAAUGCCCCAUAAGAGAGAUAGUCCUGUAUGUCAAAGAUGAGAUGAAGAGAAACGACUUGCCUGAACAGGCAGUAAUUGGACUUCUGUGGACCUGUGUAAUGAAUGCCGUUGAAUGGAACAAGAAAGAGGAGCUGGUCACAGAACAAGCUCUGAAACAUCUUAAGCAAUAUGCACCACUCCUUGCAGUAUUCAGUACCCAAGGUCAGUCAGAAUUGACCCUACUGCAGAAGAUUCAGGAAUAUUGCUAUGACAAUAUCCAUUUCAUGAAGGCUUUCCAGAAGAUCAUUGUGCUUUUUUACAAAGCUGAUGUCCUGAGUGAAGAAGCCAUCCUAAAAUGGUAUAAGGAAGCACAUGUUCCCAAAGGCAAAAGUAUGUUUCUUGAGCAAAUGAAGAAAUUUGUUGAAUGGCUACAAAAUGCUGAAGAAGAAUCUGAAUCAGCAGAAGGUGAAGACGAUUAGCAAUGGAGCUUGACCAAGUACAACAUAGUUUGUGAGGGUCUGUUCCCUUGCAUUUAUGGUUUCAGUAGAAGAGAUUGAUUCCAAAUCAAAUGGAAACUAUAGGAUAGCCUGCCUUAUGUGUAGAAGAACUGAUGUGAAAUAACAGAGCUCUGAAGCAUUACCCGCUUCUGAAAUUCCACUUUGGAGGCUAUAUGCUAUAACUUAGUAAAACUAUUUAAAAGGAGCAUUGUAGCCUAAAAUGAAAUAAGUUUGAUCUUCUAGCAUAAUUUUCAAAUUCUGUGAACUUUACACUUCUAUUGUAGCCUUUGAUUUGUCCACAUUUGUAGUUUAUUAACUGUUUGUGAAUAUGUAAUUUGACACUAGAAUUUUUUGAAUAAACAUUUUUGUAUUUUAAAAAA